AUGGAAAGCCUGUACAACUCGUCUAGCAAGGUAUCUGUGUCUGAGGAGGGGGACUACGGCGCCCGGGCUAUGAGCAGACUGACCCACUCACCUGCAAAGUCUCAGAUCAUGGAGGAGAAGCUGAGUGACAUACUUGGUGAGCUGCGUCGCAAUAUUGCAGUUGACAUCAGCAUGUUCAGGGGAGUGUCAGCCCACUUGCAAAACACAGAGAUUAACACUGCUGCACAAGAGACCCGACUCGUGACAAUAGAGCAGCAACUCCUAGCCCUGCAAAAGACCCAAAGGCAACACCAAGACAGUGGGGCAGCGCUAGAAGAUAAAAGGCAUUGGAAGAACAUCAAAGUCCACGGCCUGCCUGAUACGGUGGAGACCGCUGAGCUACCGCACCUAUUCCGCAAUGUUUAG